UCCGUCCUAGUACAGUGUGCCGGUUGCACUGCACUGGCUGCUUUCCAGCCUUCACUCUUGGAUGUUAGAAGCAUCGCGGCAUCCAUUUCUUCUUGCAGUGACAGGUAUAACUGCGAAAAUAAUCGCCUGAAGUCUUGGUGGCCCUUGAAUACGCCAUAAUUGCUGAGAGAGAUUUAUUUGGCAGAGAGGGUCCCUUGUUCAACGCAUUUACGCCUGCUCCACGGCAGCAGAAGGAACCAUGGCACAGGUUCUACGGUUCGGAGCGCUAUCUAUUCACAGCGUAGGCCUCUCUAGGCCUACUCAGCUCGCCAACUUCGCUAGGCCCUCUCCCUCUUCGCGAUGCAUCGCACGGCGAUGCGUGCGAGUGCAGGCGAAGCAGCAGGACGACCUACCGCCGUCGGAGAUGACCUACCAGAACGCGCUGGACCUGCUGGGGGUGAGGGAGGGAGCGACGUUCGACGACAUCCUGCGAGCGAAGAAGCGAAUUACGGAUCCAGGCACCGCCGAUCAGGAACUUCUUCUGCGGGUCGAAGCGGCCUACGACAUCCUCCUCAUGCAAUCCCUCUCCCGCCGUCGCGCCGGCGAGGUGGUCGACAACAGCGUGCGAUUCGCAGACGUGCAGAAACCCCGCCCGCCCGCGCCGCCCUCCUGGCUGCAAAAGGCCCUCAAAUCCUCCCCAGUAACGGUCACCUCGCCUAACACUAGCACCAGCAGCGGCAGCCAAGCCCUUGCGGUGCAAUCCGCAGUGUUUGCGUCGCUGCUGAUUUGGACGUACACCUCGGGAUUAUCGUCGGGGGAUCUCGGGGGGUCGUUGUACGGGCCAGCGGCGACGGGCGGGGAUGUGCCGGGCCUGCAGCUGGCGCUGGCGUUUGGGUUCGCGCUGUACUCGCUGCGGAAGGACGGCGUGGGGAUGGGCAAGGCAGCAGGGCUGUCAACAGGAGGUCUUGUCCUGGGAGCGAUGGUGGGCAGUCUGAUUCAAGCAUGGCUGAGAGUUGACAUCUUCCCGCUGCUCGGCAUCGGCUCCCCUGCCGUCCUCAUUAGUGAAUUCUCCAUUAUCAACCUCUGGCUCGCCGCUGUCUUCCUGCGGUGAUCUUUUACAGCGUUAUAGACAUGACCCCAGCUGUCAGCUAGGCUAAUAUUCUUUUACCGGGAAUCUUUCUGCGGUUGCUGGCAGGUGGUGGGCGUGAGCUGUCAUAAGUCCUAGGUUUUCGAUAGGGUAGGGAUUGUUUGUGCUUGUGUGUGAGUGUGUUUGCGUGUACAGUUAAUUAGCAGAAAUAAAUACCAAUGCUCUGGUUGGAGGUCCCCCUGCCUGUCCUCUGCCAUUGACAUGAAUGCAUUUAGGAGCAUUGGCAUAGACAGGGUUAUUUACACCACUUCGUAACAGAAACUAGCUUAGCUAGGAAGCCAUAGAAUGGCACAAGGUUUAGCUAGGAGCUAGGAGGAGCCAUGAGAAUGGCGAGAGGUUUUAGGUGCUAGGAAAGUUGAGGAGAGAAAAGGGGUUGGAUUAGAAGAGAGGGGA